CAAUGCAGAGUUUGUUUGCUGAAGGAACAAGUCUGACUUGCCUGAGACAAUUAUGUCUGCAAAGAUAAAUAUGCAAGGAGAACCACAGCUUGACUGUGAAUCCUGCCCCUAGUUUGCUGUGCCAUGUACAAUGAUUUCGAAACGGUUUCUGCCACUUGUUGUGGUUUUUUAAUUCUAAUCAAGGUGGGGUGCGUCCUCGUUAAGGCACGUGACCUGACAAGUUCUCAUUAAUGUUUGCUUUCUUUUGGAAGAAAAGGGGGGGGAGUCUCUUUUGUAGCUUUGAAAAGCAUGUCCGUCUCCUUCUGCUGUUGCUGUCCCUGUUUCCCAGUUGCUUCAAGAGAGAGGGAACCUCUCAAUGCACAGCACUCCAGACAAUCUCAUCAAAACACCAAAAGUGUUCUUUUCAACAAACAGAAACCCUUCGCCGUGAAACGGGUCAAUGUGCCUGAGAUUGACACACUAUUUACUGACAUCGCUGAGGCUUUCAACAAGCAGCAACGCCAUUGCAUGGCUAUCCGGAAAGCCAUCCAGGACCUCAAAGACACCUACUGCUGCUCGCCCGCAAGCAGUCUUUCUGUAUGCAUAGAGAAGAUACAGCAAGAGCAUAGUGCUUGCAAUGUGCAGGUGCAUAUGGAGGGAUACAGGUUCUGGCUGGAGGCGAAGGAGAAAAAGGUCCCUGAGAAACUGGAGUGGGCUCAGCAGCAGGUGGAGGAGCUGAACCGUGCUACCAAGGGAGUCCUCAGCAUGGAAACAAAGCUCCAGGAAAUGAUCUCCUCGGUGCUUCAGAACCAGGAGCCAUUGGUGGAGAGAGUGAAAGUUGCAAACUCCGAAUACCUAGACCGGAUACGGCUAGAAGGAAACCUGAGAGAGAAUAUUGAGAAAACAAGCCAGGCCAAACAGUUUUCAAAGGAGUUCAGAGAAGAAGCCAAUAGUGUGCUUAGGGAAAUGUCCAUAUCAGCAGGGCUGACCUUGUAAAAAGAGUCGAGAAGGAAAAACCUGUUCCAUUCUGCCUUUUUCACCACAAUGACGAAUUCAGGCGAUUGCGACAGAUACUUAAGAUGGGGAAAAAAAUGCACAGAAGUUAAAAGUGACCACAAGGUUUGUAUGAGAGGGAGCUGAUGCAACCAUGUGCCAGAAAAUAACCAGAGAUGUGCCAUAGAGUUGUUCUCCAGAACCUCCCAAUAAAUUAGUGGCAAGAAUGAAGAAGCACAUCACUUCUGGUUAGGUGUCUCUUUCCACAUAUUUGUAUCAUAAUUGAUAUGGAAAUAUUUAGCUCAUAGCACAGUAAUCCAUGCAGUCUUUAGAGUCAGCCCUGCAAAUUAAGAUCAGUGGAUAGCUAGAGUAAGGAAGCUGGAAUGACUUUUUCUUUCAACCGGUAUAUUUUGUCAAUGUCUUAUUUACUCUGACUUGCAAAUAAAUGAUUUUUUUCUUAGUUUACCUACUCUAGAAUUCUCUUUCAAUAGCCCUCAAAGCACAAUAAUUAUAAGGAACAAAAUUAAUUAACAUUAGUAUUGAGGCGAAAUCCCUUCCUCACUACAUUGCCACCACUGCAUUUGUUUUAUUUUGAAAUCUUUAAGAUAAUAUUUUAGUUUUCUGUAAUGUUGCUUUGACUGUAUACAGUGGUGCCACGGGUUACAGACGCUUCAGGUUACAGACGCUUCAGGUUACAGACUCUGCUAAC